AUGCAGUUCAAGGUGUCCGAUGACAGCUUGCAAGAUUUCACCGUGAAAGAGGCAACAGAGAUGGGUGACGUAUGGGGCGCUUCCCAACUCCUGAGCCAACAGGAUGCUGAGGAGUUCGAUGGACGUAAUGCUGAGAGUGGCGAUGCCAACCCGUUCUUGGGCCUCAGCUUCAUGCGGGUCUAUUCCGCAUUGUCUCCGGAUGCUCCGCUCACGGCGGUUGCCACCAGCAAGGAUGGGGUAAUUGGAAUGGCGCAGGUCAAGAAAGACGGCUAUGUCCAAAACUUGGUGGUAAGACCAGAAACCCGACGAAAGGGUGUGGCUGCUCAGAUCGUCUGUUGGUGUGCUGCAAAGUCCCGACGGCGCGGAGCCCGACAGCUUUGGAUGCAUGUGGAGUCCGGCAAUGAGGCCGCGCUGAACUUUUACAAGCGUCUGGGCUUUGAGGCGGAUUGUUGA